GAGGGAAGAAGAAGAGAAAAAAAAGAAGAAAAAGGACAAGAUGCCCACCGGUCACGCCAAGGCCGCGGUCGGUGACACCGUGGUCGCGGAGACGGACACCUGGGAGGAGGUCGAGGGGAACGUGUACUUCCCGCCGUCGUCCGUCAAGACCGAGCUUCUCUCCAAGACGGAGCUGUCGACCCACUGCCCAUGGAAGGGGGAUGCGAGCUACUAUACGAUCAAAACGGGAGAUCAGGAGCUCCAGAAUGCGGCGUGGUAUUAUCCACAACCCAAGGAAAAGGCAGAGAACAUCCGCGACCACGUAGCGUUCUACAAGACCAAGGUGACCGUGACGAAGUCAUGAUUUGUCGUAUGAGGUCGGCAUGGAAAGCAGGAGGGUGGACCAGAGGUUGCUGGUGUGACUCAAUAACAAGAGCACGAGAUCUUUGCAUGCUGUGAUUCUACUUUGCUAUGCGAUGUGGGUUCCAUACACACACGCACGCACACAUACAUAGUCUCAAAUGCGAGUAAGAGGGCUCUCAAGGGCCCACUUCAUACAGCGAUCCCAACAAGACCAGACUCCCGACAUUCCGCCUCAAGCGAAGAUGAAGAAAGAGACCGUGACGAGAAUGACGACGAUGACGAUGCAGACUGAUGAUCAGAAUGAUGGCAUCAUGCGGACAAAUAUCGCCAACUCAAUUUGCAUGACAUGAGUCACCGCCAGCGUGGUCACGGACUCCUCCGUAAUUUG